CCUGGCCGCGCCCCUGCGGAGCGCCGCGCCGAGCAGCAGCUGAGACUCUCGCUCGCUCGUUGGGCGGCAGCGCGGGCACCGGGCCGACCAUGGCGGGCAUCGCGGUCAAGCUGGCGAGGGACCGGGAGGCGGCCGAGGGGCUGGGCUCGCACGAGAGGGCCGUCAAGUACCUCAACCAGGACUACGCGGCGCUGCGGGACGAGUGCCUGGAGGCCGGGGCGCUCUUCCAGGACCCGUCCUUCCCGGCCCUCCCGUCUUCCCUGGGCUUCAAGGAGUUGGGACCCUACUCCAGCAAGACCCGGGGCAUCGAGUGGAAGCGGCCCACGGAGAUCUGCGAUGAUCCCCAAUUUAUUACUGGAGGAGCCACUCGCACAGACAUCUGCCAAGGAGCCCUGGGUGACUGCUGGCUGCUGGCAGCCAUUGCCUCCCUCACCUUGAAUGAAGAAAUCCUGGCUCGAGUCGUCCCCUCGGACCAGAGCUUCCAGGAGAACUACGCGGGGAUCUUCCACUUCCAGUUCUGGCAGUACGGCGAAUGGGUGGAGGUGGUGGUGGACGACAGGCUGCCCUCCAAGGACGGGGAGCUGCUCUUCGUGCACUCGGCAGAGGGCAGCGAGUUCUGGAGCGCGCUGCUGGAGAAGGCCUACGCCAAGAUCAAUGGGUGUUACGAAGCCCUCUCGGGGGGUGCCACCACUGAGGGCUUCGAGGACUUCACCGGAGGCAUCGCCGAGUGGUAUGAGUUAAGGAAGGCCCCUCCCAACCUGUUCAGGAUCAUCCAGAAGGCUCUGCAGAAAGGCUCUCUCCUUGGCUGCUCCAUCGAUAUCACCAGUGCUGCAGACUCGGAGGCCAUCACCUUCCAGAAGCUGGUGAAGGGGCACGCGUACUCGGUCACUGGCGCCGAGGAGGUGGAAAGCAGAGGAAGCCUGCAGAAGCUGAUCCGCAUCCGGAAUCCCUGGGGAGAGGUGGAGUGGACCGGGCAGUGGAACGACAACUGCCCAAACUGGACCACUAUUGACCCAGAGGUGAGGGAAAGGCUGACCAGACGGCAUGAAGAUGGGGAAUUCUGGAUGUCUUUGAACGACUUCCUGAGGCACUAUUCCCGCCUGGAGAUCUGCAACCUGACCCCGGACACGCUGACCAGUGACACCUACAAGAAGUGGAAACUCACCAAGAUGGAUGGGAACUGGAGGCGGGGCUCCACCGCGGGCGGCUGCAGGAACUACCCGAAUACCUUCUGGAUGAACCCUCAGUACCUGAUCAAGUUGGAGGAGGAGGACGAGGACCAGGAGGACGGGGAGAACGGCUGCACCUUCCUGGUGGGUCUCAUCCAGAAGCACCGGCGGCGGCAGAGGAAGAUGGGCGAGGACAUGCACACGAUAGGCUUCGGCAUCUAUGAGAUUCCAGAGGAGUUGACAGGACAGACCAACAUCCACCUCAGCAAGAACUUCUUCCUGACGCACCGAGCGAGGGAGCGGUCGGACACCUUCAUCAACCUGCGGGAGGUGCUCAACCGCUUCAAGCUGCCCCCGGGGGAGUACAUCCUGGUGCCGUCCACCUUCGAGCCCAACAAGGACGGGGACUUCUGCAUCCGGGUCUUUUCCGAGAAGAAAGCUGACUACCAAGUCGUCGACGAUGAAAUCGAGGCCAACCUUGAAGAGAUUGAUGUCAGCGAGGACGACAUCGAUGAUGGAUUCAGGAGGCUGUUUGCCCAGUUGGCAGGGGAGGAUGCAGAGAUCUCCGCCUUUGAGUUGCAGACAAUCCUGAGAAGAGUUCUGGCAAAGCGCCAAGAUAUCAAGUCAGACGGCUUCAGCAUAGAGACCUGCAAGAUCAUGGUUGACAUGCUUGACUCGGAUGGGAGUGGCAAGCUGGGUCUGAAGGAGUUCUACGUUCUUUGGACCAAGAUUCAGAAAUACCAAAAAAUUUACCGGGAAAUCGACGUGGACAGGUCCGGAACCAUGAACUCCUAUGAGAUGCGGAAAGCAUUAGAAGAAGCAGUUUCCCUCCAAGGGCCCCAGCGGGUCGCAGGCAAAGCCAGUCUUCAGCAGACCCACACACCCUGCCCUCGUCCGCUCAGGUGCAGGGCUGGUCAGGCAGAAGUGGAUGUCCAGCUCCACCCUUGGGUUUCAGGAUGCCCUGUCAGCUCCACCAAGUCAUCGUUGCUCGGUUCGCAGAUGACCAGCUCAUCAUCGAUUUUGACAAUUUUGUUAGGUGUUUGGUUCGACUGGAAACACUAUUCAGGAUAUUUAAGCAGCUGGACCCCGAGGAUACUGGUAUGAUCCAGCUUGACCUUAUCUCUUGGCUGUGUUUUUCAGUACUUUGAAGUUAUAACUAAUCUGCCUGAAGACUUCUCAUGAAAGAAAAUCAGCCAAGGACUAAGCCUCCACAGAGAAACUUUUUAUCUGGAUCUUGAAAUUAUGGGAACAUUUACUUAAACUGACGAUUAGAGCUGAAAAUGAUGAUACUACCUACUUGAGAAAGCAGAACUUUCAGAUAUCAAAGUAUAUUAUUUUAGUAUAAUCGUACUAAAUGCAAGU